AUGGCCACCUCUUUCGCUCACCUUCGACAAAGAUUUCGUCUAGCCUCGUUCGUCGGCUGGCACAGCCGGCUGGCAGACGGGCCCAAGUACGUUUCCCUCUCCGCACUCAAAUCUGCCUUUGGGGUUGCCGGAGUGGUGUUGACGGAAGAUGAGGUGGGGUAUCUGGUCAAGAAAUUCGCGGACAACAGGAGGCGAAUCGACUGGAAGAGACUGAUGAUAGCUCUUGACGUGGGACCUCCGGCCGACUUCACCGAUCCCGAUCGCUCCUUCUUGGACAACCUUCCCCAGCCCUACCGCCUCAUCGUCAGCGUUCUCGAAACCGAGAUCGUCGACCGCGCAUGGGAGCUGGUCGUCGAGCGACACCCGGAGCUGGACACUAGCCCGGCCGACGAAGCCAGGGCAGCAGCGGACAUCGAUCUGAAGCGGUCCUGUCAUCCGUUUGUGCGGCUACUAGAUCCGCACUCUCCGCUGCCGGCGCAUGCUGGAGAUGUCAAGCCCGUGGCAGCUGCAGCCAAAGAAGGCGAAGCUAUAGCGGCGGACGGAUUUCUUGAUGGCAGGGGGUCAUCCGAGUUACUGUUCGAAGGAAAGGACAGGAACGGCGACGCUGACGACGAUGGUGGCGGAGGCGAAAACGAUGCCGGUAACGUAUCGACCAUGCAGUGGGACAAUCGGGGCCAGUUCCUUUUCACCGGAGGGCGCGACGGCUCGGUCUGCGUUCGACUCGCCGGCGCCGUUAAAGAUAUCGGAGUCCAGAUCAGGAGCAGCAGCCUCUGCGGGGAAACAUUCUCGGAGGGAAACGCGAAAUCGGCCGCGGUUACGUUCCUGUCCCGCCCUGUGGGAUCUCUCGGAGGCCGAUCCUCGUCAGUUCGGAUAGCAGCCGUGGUGACAAGCUCCUGCCCAGACAGUGGCCACGGCAAUCCGGACCAAACGGGAAACAGAGAGGCAGGACAACAGGAAACGGAGCGUGAUGCCGGAGCAGAGCCACGGCCGGCGUGCCCGUCGAGCGCUGUCUCCGUUCUAGAGAUGACCGUGCCCCGAUCAAGAGCUGGCGAUGAAGCUGGCGGUAGCCCGGCUAGGGGUAGUCUCGAACACCAUCAGGGCGCGCGCAGCGAGCACGGAGCCGAUGCCGCGAACAGCGGCAACAGGAGAAACUAUGCACCCGCGUUCAGGGUUAUAUGUACCGUCGAACUCCAUUCCGAGCAGGAGAAUGCAACCGCGGUGUCGUGCACGCUGUCCCCCGACGGGAGACGCCUCGCCGUCACGACUGCAAGCGGCCGCGUCUCCACCUGGUCUCUCCCCCCCGUCUCCGCGCCUCUCGAGAGACACCGCAAUCGAUCUCCCCAGCAGAGCGCGAGGGAGGACGAUGAUGUCGACGGCGUUCAGCCCGGUUCCUCACGAACCUCCGCGGGUCACGGCCGAGAAACUCCAAAGGAGGGAAUGGCGGGCCAACAAGGUGGCGAGCGCGGUGCGGGCGUCGGCGAGAGCGGCGCUGUCUUGGCCGGGAGAGACGACGACGCCAGUACGUCGACUAACACCGCGGCGAAGGCGGCGGCGGCGGAAACGGCGGAGCCGCCGCCGCCGCCAACACAGCUAGGGCAACCGGAGUUCACCAUACCUCACGUGCCUUCGCCAGAAGAGCUUUCCCACGCGAAAGCCUUGCAGGAGUACCGCAAGCGCGUAGAAGCCGGGGAAAUCCAAGAGCCCACGUCAACCCAGGAGGAGGAGGAGGAGGAAGGCUGCACGCCCCCCCCGAAACCACCUCAGCUAUCGGGACUCGCACACCACUUGGCCCGCGUUGACUUCAUACCCGCGGCUGAUGGACGCCUAAACGGCGGCGGGGGCAGCACCGGGGGGCUCGCAGUCUGGAGGUCUAACUCCAACGUGUGCCGGCUUUUCCGCCUGCCGCCGCCGGUGUACGACGGCGACGGGGGGCAGCGGCAGACCGUGGAAGGGGGCAACAACGACGGUGGCGUCGAGUUAUCCCGUACGGGUACCGUUGCGGCCAGCAGUGGGUUCGAGAGUGCCGACAAGACAGGCAUAGGCAGUGAGGGCUCGCUGGCGGCAAAGUACGACAUAUCCCGCCUGCCAUCUGUGGAGUGGGUCUUGCCGUCCCCAAUCACAGUUCUCGCGGUCUGCGAAGAGGAAACAGGAGGGGAAGCUCAGGACGAUGGCCGUGAGAAGGGCGGCGGGUGGAGCUGUUGCGGUGGUGCCGAUGCGCCGGCCCCGCUCGUCGCCAUCGGGACUGAAAACGGAGGGGUUUACCUGGGCGAUGCGGCCCUGGGCACGACAAGAGCGGGGCUGUCGAGACACCGUGCUCGGGUCACCGCUCUGGCGUUCCACGGGAAAAGAUUUCUCGUCUCUGGCAGCGAUGACGAGAUGAUCCAGAUCCACCACUUGACUGUCGCCGAUCCAACCGGAGCUGGUGGAGACAGGCGCUGUGUCGGCGGGACCCCGCGUUUGCGAUGCCUGCACGACGCGCGAGGCAGCGGGAUUGUUCGAUUGGCGUGUUUCCGAGAGAUGCCCCUAGCGGUCGCCGAGGAUACCUCUGGGCGGGUGGUUGUAUACGACCUACUCUCGGGGACCAUGCUCGGUGUGCUAGCCUUAAAGGACGAUGCCAUUACCAGUGUCGCUGCUGAUAGGCCAGACAGGAACGGUGACGGAGCCGCUGUGUCCCAUGAAACUGUCGCCCCGAAAGCAGGCAUUAUUUGGUCGGAAGGCGGAGAGUGCAUGGCGGUGGUCAUGCCACAAGAGCAGGAAACGUCGGUCCUGUCACCGACCAGGAGCGACAGUGGCGGCGAGACCCUCGGUGUUUGGUCCGCGUCAGACUUGAUGUGGGAGUUAAGCCCCGGCAUGCGCGCGAUGGUAGGAGAGGAGCGCCCUCUGUCGCCGAGGGACGUCGCGGAGCUUUUCUACGGUUUGCUUCCUCGAUAUCGCAAGGAUCCCGAAAUUAUGCUGCAGAACAUGAGCCACCAGUACGACCCCGGAAGAGGGGACACGGCCCCGCUCACAACUGGCACCACCAACCCCGACCCCGCCAGCACUCGCACCAAGGCGGGCGGGCGGUCAUCGCGUGGGACCGGCAGUGGAAGUGGUCGUCUUGACCGCAGCAACACACCGCAGAGGGCAGCCGGAAGGGACAGGGUUGCGGCGAAGAAGGCGCCCUCGAACACAGUCUCGACAAACGUCACCCGCAAUCCCACUACAAGAACGCCUCCCCACUACCAACACCCCACCACCCUGACCGAGCGCAACGUAGCCCGUCUUCUCGGGGCUGGCGGGCGUGGUGGCCCGAUGGGUGGCGUUCUCGCAUGCACGGGGGAAGGCGGUGCCGUUGGCAAGGACGGCCCUGCGCCGUGGGGCAUGGAGGUUGGCGCGGCCGCGAGAGUGAAGCGGUACAUGGAGGCUAGGCAUACCGAGCGGGCGGUCAGGCAGGCGCGCCUUGAAAACGUCACUCGGAACCUUCUCCAGGCGUUGUGA